UUUGAUAAGAUAUUUAUGUCAUGAACAACGCCUUUUUCGAAAAGAAUCAAGGUUGUUAAAUUAGUUUAAACGCUGUUAAACGUUGUAAAAUUAGUUUAAACGCUGUCAUUAGAAGAAAAUAUUGGCAAGUAAAUAAAAACAAAAACUGAUUUAAAGUUUGAUAGUUGUUGACACAACAAGCUAGAUAUGGAAAAAACUCCACCACCCCCUGGUUAUUAUCAAGUAACUGAAAAAGAUCCUUUGUAUAAUCCACAGAGUAUUGGUUAUACUUCUCAAAACCCAACCUUCUACCAGCCUCAAACAGUAACUGAAAUAGAUCCUUUGUAUAAUCCACAGAAUGUUGGUUAUACUUCUCAAAACCCAAACUUCUACCAGCCUCAACCAGUUCCUUAUCCUUCAAACCCACAAAAUGUUGGUUAUCAAACACCCUACUAUUAUCCAAAUCAAGGAACAGUUAUUACAAAUCCACAAACAGAGGCUAUUCAAUCUUUUCCACUUUAUUCAGGACCACCUCCAGAUAAUUAUAGUAUACUUGCAUGGUUAACCUGCUUGUUUUGCUGUUGGCCACUUGGUCUUUGUGCUAUAGUUAAAUCAAUAGAGGUCAAUACUGCUAUUGCUGAAGGAAAUCUCAGUAGAGCUAAAUUUGCUUCUGAUAAUGCAAAAAGAUUUGGUUUUAUGUCCUUGUGUACGGGGAUUUUUAUUCAUGGAGCAUGGAUUCUAUUUUUAAUAUUGUAUUUAACAGUUUUUUUACCGAAAGCUAAAAGUAUUUUCAACCAUUAGUAAUUUUAAGUUACUAAUAGACCAAUAGUAUUUAUUAAUUAGUUAUUAAUUACGUUAUGGAUUUAUAACUCAAAUUUUUAUUUUGCUGAUUUGGAUGAGUAUUUAAGGUAUACCUCAUAUCAUUUUAUUUAUAUAGGGUACAUCAUAGAUCAUGCAUUCAUCAUGUUCAUUUAGUCUUGCUAAUCAUAUGCACAUAUAUAUGUAUAUAAUAUUUUUGCUUUUUAUUUGUAUAUAUAAACAAUAUUUAAUUUUAGUAUCAACAGUUUUAUCAAUUUUACGGUAUAUAUAUAUAUAUAUAUAUAUAUAUAUAUGCACACACUUUUUAUUAUUUUUACAAAAUUUACAAGUGAUAUUAUUUGUAAUAAUUUUCAUUUCAAUGAUAUACAUAUAAAAACGUUAUUUUCGAAA